CCAGAAUAAUUACUGAAGGGUUUAAACCAACACUGCCUGAUUCCACUUAUCCCCAAACCUUCACUGAUAAUCUCCACCCAUCCAUACCAUGGCUGCCUGACGCCUGUACACCUUAAUCACGGCCAGUCACACCGUAUAUACAUCUAACACUAUCUAAAGCUACCUUCUCUAUGCCACUUGCCUCUCUUACACUCUCCAAUCACACCCAUCCAAAAAGGAACACCGCUUCCAUCGCCCACCUUCUCUUUCUCUCUCUCUCCUGGUUCUUACUCUCUCUUUCUGCCUCCUUCCCUUUUUAUCUCUCCUAUGCGUUUCUCAGUGGUACCUUCCCCCUUCAGUGCAUAUAAAAAGGCGGGGACUUUCAGCCUUAUCAUCAGAGUGUUUCACCAAGGCAAGGAAGCAACACGCACUCUUUGUUAGUUCUUCCCUUCGGAGUACAAACGAAUUACCUAAGCAUUGAUAUUUAACAGCUGACGGCAAAGCGGUUAAAACCGAAGCUACGGCACAAUGAAGGUCUCACUCCCACUUCUCGCCGUCCUCAUCGCCAGCAUUCAAUCAGCUCCCGCCCCACAGUCCGUCAUCCUUCCCAACCUCCCCCUUUUCGAGCAAACAGAUCCCACGCAGAACCUCCCCCAGACGGCACCCACUGAGACACAAGUUUGGCAGCCAGUCCUCCCCUAUAGCUACUCCUACACAGUGAGCGAUCUGGACACAAACAACUUCCAGAACAAGGCGGAGAUUAUGAACGAGCUAGGCGACGUGUUCGGCUCCUACUCAGUGCUCAUGCCCGACAACAUCAUCUACACCACCACCUAUAACGUCACGGGCAACAGUGGCUUCGUGGCGAGGGUGGAGAAGUCCCUGCCACAACUUGCUCCUCCUGCUAAUGGUCCUGCUAAUGGUUCUGCUAAUGGUCCUCUUCCUAAUGUCGCCUCUCCAUCAGGUUUCUUUGUCUAGUUAUAUUGUUAAAGGUUAAAGGCUGAGUGUGUUUUUUCUCCUCUUUUUUCUUAUUUUAUUCUGAUUUUUGGUGCAUGUGUUUUCUUUCUUGCUUGCGAGUUUUUUCUCUCUUUUAGUGUUAUUAAUUUCAAGUAAUGUUCUCGUUUUCUUUAGUCUCCCACUCCAAUUUUUCUGCUUCACCGGUUUUCUUUGAUGCGUUUCUAGUUGUAUACUUUGUUAUUUUGUUGUUAUUCUCGCUGUUUUCACCAGUUUUAGAGACAUUUAUCAAAGAAACUCAUGGUAUUUUUGUAUUUACUUGUUAUCUCGUUAGUUGACAUUUAUUGAGGAAAUUCAUGGUAUUUUUGUAUCUAUUUGUUAUCUCGUUAGUUGACAUUUACUAAGGAAAUUCAUGGUAAUUUUGUAUCUAUUUCUUAUCUCGCUGUUAGUUGUUAAUGACACGCCUGUUAAUCGUUAUAUUUUUUUCGAGCUUAUUAAUUUUGUUUCGCGUUUCAAAGUUUUAUUUUAUUCAGUUAUUGAUGAAAUGUUAUGUUAGAUUCUAUAUGGAAGAAUUUUAUCUUAUGUUUUGUUGAUCGUAACAAUGACAACGCAGUAUA